AUGGCGGCCGCGUCGAGGAAGGAGGAGGAGAGGAACGAGCGGAUCGUGCGGGGGCUCCUCAAGCUGCCGCCCAACCGCAGAUGCGUCAACUGCAACGGGCUCGGGCCGCAGUACGUGUGCACCAGCUUCUGGACCUUCGUCUGCGUCUCCUGCAGCGGCAUCCACCGAGAGUUCACGCACCGCGUGAAAUCCGUCUCCAUGUCAACGUUCAGCACGCAAGAGGUCGAGGCUCUCCAGAAGGGUGGGAACCAGCGUGCCAAGGAAUCAUUCCUGAAGGACUUUGAUACCCAGAAAAUGAGGCUACCUGAUAGCAGCAACAUUGGCAGUCUUAGGGAAUUCAUAAAAGCUGUCUAUGUGGAGAGAAGGUAUGCUGGUGGUAGAUUUUCUGAAAGGCCUCCAAGAGAUAAACAGAACCAAAAGGCCCAUGAACAAGAGCAUAGAAGGCCAAGUUCCUACCAUUCAUUUUCACAGAGCCCACCUUAUGAUUGCCAGUAUGAAGAGAGGCACAAUGGCAAGCAAUCUGCAUUUCUAAGUAGGAAGCCUGGUUCAGAUAGGGGGCAUGAGGGGAAGAUUUCUGGAUAUUCUUACAGUUCACAUAGCUUGCGUGAGAGAAUGUCUCAGGAUGGAUUUACUGGUGAGAGUUGUGGAUCGAGGACUUCUAACUGCUCAGGGUCAAGCACGGGUGAUACAGUUAAAUCUGCACCACAAUCACCUAAUUUUCCUGAUAAUGUAUGUUUCAGUCCCCCUGUGCUACAAGAUCAAUCAAAUGUACAGAGUUCUUGUGGACUCACUAGUUCACAGAGAACUGUAUCAGCAGGAAACAUAGAUUCUGUCUCUCUUAAAUCAGGCAAGUCAAGCUUAUUUGAUUUUAUUUUUGAGGAUGAUAAUGUUCAAAGAACUGAAAAAUCCACAAAUUCCGCUGCUCCAAGUUUCAUAGUCUUCUCUGAUGAUAUUAGUGCUCCAAAUCAAGAUUUCGAAGCUACUCAGGAACAUAAUGUGACUACCAUGGAUCAAUCUGUUGAUCUAUUUUCAAACAUGCUUACUGAAACUCCAUCUGCUGAUAAAGUGAUACCAGCAGCUUCGUCAAUGGACAAUGCUGGGUGGGCUACAUUUGAUACAUCUCCAGAACAAAAGCAACCUGCACUCACUGGGCUUUCUUAUGUUGCUGCCACAAGCAUUGAUAAACAGGCUGAGAAUCGUGAUUUGUUUUCAUUUGAAUCAAAUGAUGAGCUAACAUGGUUUCAGAGCUCUAAGGAUGAUACUUCAGUUACUAAUCAGAAUCAGUCUACUGCUACAUCUCUUGAUACAGGCAGUUCUCAGCCUUGGAGUACUUUCGAUGCCUCCAGCACCCAGCACACUGUCAAGGGAGAUCUAUCAUUAAUGACUUCUAGAUUGCAAGAGCCUAAAAGACCAAUAGACAGAAAUAGUUCUCAGCUUUGGCAUUCAUUUGAUGAUGCUAAUGAGGUCGUUUGUGCUAAGCCGCGAAUUGAAGACCACGGCAAUGUAGUAAGCAUUUCCCUUUCAACCAGCAAUCCAUUUAUGUGCUCUGUAGUUUCAAAGGAAUCUUAUGAUGAUGAUUCCCAUAUAGUAUUCAUGGGUGAAUUGUCACCUAAUACAUUGAUUGCUGCUUCCGCAGAGCCAUCUCUGGGUGGACCCUCUACUAAGCAGAUGCCAUUAAAUCCAUUUGAUCUUCCAUUUGACACUCAGUUGGGGACUCCUGAUCUGUUCAUGGGCGUAAGUUCAUUGCAAGAGGCCUUGCCUAGUCCAGAUCUGCCAGCUUUCCUUGAUGGUUUACCUGAAAGAUGGUUCCCCAGCAGUUCUUGUGCUUAUGUUCCAUCAGCGUCACAUGGUGGACUACCGUGCCUUCUCGAGCAGGGCCCGAACUCUUCGUUGCGGUUGUUCAAGUACAUGCACGUUUCCUGCGGAUAUGCUUCAGGAUAUCAACAUCCAUGGCAAGUUGGCAACCCAGUGGGGCUGUCAGCUGUGGCGCACCGCUCACCGGCAGCUGCGGACAUGUCGGCUGGCUGUGGGAACUAUACAUGGAACAAGGAUGGACUGCGAUGCCGCAUCAGUAACUCCUGUGGCGGCAGGUGA